CUAGAAUCAUUAACAUUAUGGACGAUGGGAUCAAGGACCGAAAACACCACAGUUAAUUUAUGUGAGCAUGAAAACGACAAACUUUUAACAGUUGGAAAUGAUGAUAACUUGAACAAGAAAAAGUAUGUGAGUACAAAGGGAGAGGGAAGCCUUCACUCACUGAAAACUACACCAGGAGGAGUUGAGGGAAGAAGCAAUACAUUAAAUUCUCACAGUCCAAGUUCUAAAUCGACAGAAGUUAAGGCAGAGGACAGCAAUAUGAAGAUACCAAACUGGAGGAAGAAAGUGUUGAAGGUUACAGUAACCAUAAUGUUCUUUGUAAUGGCAAUAGGUGUCAUUGUAAUCUGGACGCUACAUGAAGGUGGAGGUGAAAUCUUAAAAGAAGAUGGUGUAUUCACGUUUGAUAUUGAUGAACGUGAACUUUUUAUCAACCUUAAACAGAAUGAAAAUGCUUUAAAGCUAAAACUUGGUGGAGAUGAUUUUAAAACACUGGCCAAAGAAACAUCAGUGAGUGACCAAUGCAAGGACCCUACUAACAAGUAUUGUUAUGUUCUUAAAGAUGGAACAGCUGUAUAUCUGAGGUCAUCUCAGAUGAAUGGAGUUCAAUGUUAUCAGGUCAGCUGGAAAAACUUGACCUCCUUUUUACCAGAGGAUUGUUUUGAGUUAAAUCAUGGACACUGGUAUGGUCUUGUGAAUAAACAAAACCCAUCUGGAAACACAUGGCCAAUACAGAAUUUGCAAAUUUCUAAACAAACCAUACUUGCUGGCUACAAUAAGGACCUAGGUGAUAUUUAUGAAUAUUACUGGCUGUCAAGUACUGGAACAACAUUCUAUAUUGUUGAUGACUUUGCAGUACAGAUAUCAUUCAACCAUUCCAACAGCAAUAAAUUUUGUGUAUCUCCUGUUUCCCGUGAAAACUUAAACUCACUUGAAUAUGCAGUAUGCCAAGGGACAUCCAUCAAAAUAGCUCACAUUGGAACAUCAAAGAAGUUUGGCCUACAACCUGCUAUUUCAUUCAAUAGUACAGAUCUAGGAUGGAUGUUUGAGUAUGUUUGGGAUACACAGACCCUUGGAGUAGAAGACAGGAGUAACUUAGUUAACUUUAUCCUGAAUAAUGUUUCCAGCAAUAAUCUUAAUUGUGGUUUGUUAGAAAUUCCUUUGAGCUGGGAAGAACAUUUUGGAGAUUUCAGAUUAAGUAUAAACCUCUCUCAGUCUGUAUUUCAAGAACUAAUGGAUUUGAAAUGUAACAUGAUAUAUAAAGUUUUUCCUGUUUCAUCAUUUGAAUCUUCAAAUUUCAUAUCUGGAAUAAGAUCGAAAAUGUUUGCUAUAAACUCAUUCAGCAGUGCAACAUAUUUAUUGGACUAUAGAAAUAAGCAAUGUGCGGUGUGGGAUUUAGGGAAACAACAUGUUCAAACAUUUAUAUUGAAAGAGUUGAAUGAAAUUGCGAACAAUUUUCAUGUUAAAAAGUUUGAUUUGCAAAGUAUCCCAUCAGUGGAUGGGUUAGAUGGACAUUGGCCUAGCAGAAGUAAGGAGUUUUACAAGUAUUGGCUACACUUAUUAAAUAACAUGACUGGAUUGAAUUUCCAAGAAGAAACCUUCAGAACACAGAGCAUACCCUCUGCAGUUGAAAUCCUUUUCAAGCAACAUUCAAAUGAGAAAAAUGCAUCCCAAACUUGUAUGACAAACAGUAUUCCUAAUUUACUUACUCUGUCCUUGUUUGGGUAUCCUUUACUUAUUUCAGCCCUUGACCUGUCUGAGCAUAACCCUAUAGAUCCUGAUAUACUACUAAGAUGGUUACAGGUUUCUGCAUUUAUCCCUGCAAUAAAAGUCCCAAUGGCAGCUUUAAUGCAAAAUACAAAUUUACUUUCUUAUGCAAACAAGGACAUUCUGGAUCUGCAUAACUCAAUAUAUAAGAAAAUGGAUUUUCUCAAUUAUUUGGAAGGAUCUGAUGAGCCUUUUAUAAGGCCACUUUGGUGGUUAGAUCCAGACGAUUCUGAAGCCCUGACCAUUUCUGAUCAGUUCUUAGUUGGAGAUAAAUACCUGGUAGCCCCCCUUUUCUGCUCAGGUCAAAGAUCUAGGGACAUUUAUUUGCCUAAGACUGCUGACAGAAGUGUAUGGCAGUAUAUUUUUAGAAAUGGAACUAUCAGAAAUUUUGCAGCGGGUGGGUGGUUACGUCAGUUUCGUGUUUCAUUGUUUAAUAUUCCAUACUUUACUAGAAAAGUUGUGCUUCCCAUUUCAGAUGAUUAGUUGUAAGGGCAUUGCCUGUUAUAUAUGUGUACUUAUAGCAAUUACUAUUACUCAACAAUUUGUUAUUGAUUCAAUUAACAAUUUUAGAAGAUGGAUGCUGAAUUGUGAAGCAAAAUCUGGUCAAUGAAUUAAUGUCUAAUUGGUCUGAUUCGACAAUUGUACUUCGCAUUUGGCUCUGUUUUGGAUGACAUAUUCAUGGUAGAAUAUUCAAAUUUACACAUGUAGAUUAGGAUGGGAUGUUGUAAAGUUGGACUUGUCCUUGGCAUAAGUAAAAUAAAAAAUAGCAUCUUUAUUGAGGAUGAUCAAUUUUGAUCAAUUUCUUCCAACAUCAGACAAGUAAAAUUCUGAUAAGAUUUUUUGAGUUGACUCUGACUUUUCAUCUUGAAAAUGUUUUAAUAUCUGUGGACAGGGACCCAUUCUCAGUCUGAUUGUCAUUUUUUAUCAUCACUUAUAUAAAAUGAAGUAUGGCUGUUUUAAAUGUUAACAUAGGGGUUGGGCUUGACCUUUGAUCUUGAGAUUGGUAAAUUAAUUAAAAUAUGUUUUAUCUGCUGAGGGUGUCCUACUGUGAAUAAAUCUUCUGACUUUACUGCAGAGUGAAUCAGAACAAGGUUACAUGUACUAGUAUUUAGAUACUGUCAUUGGGGUUGGCCUUGACAUCAUACCUCAUUAUUGGCUAAAACAUUUAUCUCUAUUGUGGAUGACAUAUUCAAGUUAUCAUCUUUUAAUUUAGCAUUGAGUAAACAUCUUUACAGUACUGUCAUUGGAUAUGACCUUUAUCUUUGUCUUUGGAAUUCAUGAAUGAUUUAGGCAUUAAUCUCUGUUUUAGGUAACCAAUCAACCCGUUUUCUACAAAUUUUAUGCAGGUUGUAUAGAUACAUAAGGAUGAAAUAUUUUGAUUACUUAGUUAUAUUUUGAUAAGACCUUAAUUUUGGUACACUAUAUUUGAUUUGUGGGGUCAUGCUUCUGUUUCAAUGCAAAGGUCAUGAUAAAUUAGAUAUAUACGGGUAUCACGGCUUUUCAGUGCUUUGAAUGAUUGAAUCCAAUUUGAAACAACCUUUAUCAUUCAGUGAACUUCUUGAACAAAACUAGUGAUACAUGAAAUGUCAAUAUGUUUGAAAUCUCAGUUUGUAAAUGAACUAUUAUAAAACCAUUUAAUGUUAAUAGAUUUAUAUAUAGACACUUAACAAGCAGAUUAUACCUUGAUUUAGAAUUAAUGGAAAUUUAUGUAUUGUGAGUUGUUUAGUGUUCUUUCGUUGUUCUUCGUCUAUGAAUCAUAGAUAAGUUUUUUUUUUGAAAUAUUGUUUAUUAUUUACAAUGUAACAAUGUGCAGAUUCUUUUCUUGAUGAAACUCAGUGGUAUGUUGAUAGUAAUACAUUUUGUUGUAUGUCUAGGAAUAAGAAUCUUUGUCAACUAGAUCUAAAUGGAGUCUGAACUAGUUAAUAUACACUUUACAUGUUUUAUGAUCUCAAAUGUACAUGAAUAUGUUGGUGUUUACUUUACCAUUCCUUUGUCCAGUGUCCUGAUUUUCAUAUUCCAGUUCCACCUUUACUUUAUGUCAAUGUGAAAAUUUAGUAUUUGUGUUACAGAUACAAUUUGAGAAUCAUUUUACAUAAAUUAUCUGUAUGCUCAAAGUUUUGUGGUUGUUCACACCAAUAUUAAUUAGUAAACAGUUUUAGACCCCUGACAUCUAUUUUUAAGAUGAGAUGGCCAGCUACAGUACCAAAAGAGGGGAGGGGGUACUCUAUGAAUAAUAUUUUUAAUACAUAAUACAUGUACUAUGUCUUAUAGUAGUAAAUUUUAAAAAGAUCUGAAAUAUUGAAGGGGAAUAUUAAAAAAAAAUGGUUAUAAUUUUCUAAUUUAAUAUCAUCCUUUUUAAAUUUCAUGCAGGAAAUAUAUUGAGAUUGUAAUAUUCAUCAUACACUGUAGUUAAGGAUAUACACAUAAUGUAGUUUUUAAUUUUAUUUUCUUAUUUCCCAUAUAAAUGAAGGGGUCAAAUAAUUGAAGGACUUUAAUUUGUAUGAAUUUUAUAAUGCCUUAUGUUGUACACCUUUUCCAAAACAAUUUUGAGAAAAUAACAGCUAAAACUUUGGUUGGUUAUUUUUCUCAUGAUUUUCAUCAUUUGAUAUUUAUUCAAAACUCCUGGUAAUGUUUGCUUAUAUAUUGUUUAGGAACAUCUGAUGCUAACUGUGAUUUUGAAUUAAAAAUAUCUGGAAAAAUUAACAAUGGGUAAGGUAUGUUGCAUAUGACCUUGUAUUUUUUUUAUGAAUUUAUUGAAAUACACAAGGCCAGAGUUUCUAAGACUAGCCCUAUCGCGACAGGAUUUGUUACAAACAGUUAGAAUCAUGUUAUAUUUUGUCAAUUCAACACAUACUUUUUUUGUCUUUGUUUGGGGGGAGGAAGCUGGUGAUUUUUUAGAUGAUUACUUUGACAAGGAUCAGGAAUCAAAAUCAGAAUAACUGCCAAAAAAAGAAUAUGUCUUCAUUAAAAAAGGAAGAAAAGUAUACCCCUAAAGCAGAGCUCCUGCAGGUAAUUCAUGUAUUAAUAUGAAGAAUAUAUAUUACUCAAUUAUAGUACAUGGUGUAUUUGUAAGUACUAGUGUUCUGUGUUUUAAAAGUUUCUGAACGUUUAGUUAAAGGAUACAUUAUAAAGCUAAUGGUACAAAUAAUAGAUAUCUUUAUCAAAAUGUGAUUUUUGUUCAUAGCAUAAUUUUCUUUUGGUGCUUUCAUUUUAAUAAUUCCAUUAUAUUGUGCAAUGUUAAAAAUACAGAAUCAUGAACUGUUUUGCAUUGUGUAUGCAGUGCCAUGCCUGUAUUAACUUUUUAAUUUAAUAUUUCUCAUGGUUCUCCCCUUCAGUGAUAUAAUGUUUUUUUUUAUGGUUAAACUUGUACAUGUAUUACUUUUUGCAUGUGAUAUUAAGUGUUGGUUUUUUUUUUGUAUUACAAAAAUGUAUAUAGUUGUUCAGCAAAAAUGUAUGUACAUGUAUAUGUUAACACAUGUAAAAAAAAAAAAAUCUGUAAAUUCAAAUAACUUAUAUAUUUUCUUUUUGUUUUU